UUCAGAGUGGAUCGUGUCAAUCGUGUGGUGUGGAUCAAUGAGGACUUGAGGGCUUUGAAGUUUGAGGGAUAAAAUCACAAAUGCUCAGCUCUGUUCGCGGCGGUGAGUCACGCGUGUACGGGUACAGGUGCACGCAAGUAACGAGGCACGGUACUCGAUCGCCGCAUGGCUCGUGCCGGCGAGAGGGGAUCGGUUACGCGGCGCCCGUCGAUCAAUCGUCCCGCGGAGCGGCUCGUCCCGCACGUCGCUCGCGACAGUUCGGUAUUGCCCACGUGAACGUCCCGAUCAUCAUGCGAUGACGGUUUUCAACUACCUUUGUAGGACUGCCAGAACGCUGCAGCUUUUACAGUCUCCUUCUACCAAUGUACACAGAAGUCUGCGCUUUUUCAUUCGAAAUGAAUCCAGUUUUGUGCCUAAGAAGGUACUUAUCGUGGCAAAAUUGUCCCGGUAUCAUUUCGAAAGGUUACGGGAACCCGGGCUCAACGAGACCCAGCUGAAGAUGAAACUAAUCGAAAGAGGUUCGGAUUAUGAUACCAUGCUCGCCAGCCACUUGGCCACCAAGGCUGUGGAAGAUCAAAUCAUCCAAAUCUUGCGAAAGAUGAACGUGGAGUAUAGGAUAAUAGAUAGGACAAGUUUAGACCAGUCGCUUUUUACAUGGGCGGAUUUAGUACUGCCGAUUGGCGGUGAUGGAACGUUUCUCUUAGCCUCGAAUUUAAUAUUCGAUAAUAAAAAACCGAUAAUGGGCAUUAAUUCGUAUCCUGAGAAGUCGGAAGGCUACCUCCUGUUGUCGGCGAAGUACACGAAUGCCAUACCAGAGAUUUUCGAAAUGCUAAGAGCAGGCCACUACAAUACACUCAUGCGAAGACGAAUACGGAUCACUUUAAAGGGAGAAGAAAUAUGGCAGCCUCCCUUUCACAUGCAUGAGAAAGGACGCAUCGUUGGCAGUGACAGGUUUUAUACAAACGAGAAGUUCGAAAGCAAGUAUAGCAUUACCAACAUAGAGUUACCAAAAGAAAGGCGUCUACCUUGGUUGGCGCUUAAUGAAGUUUUCAUGGGCGAAACGUUAUCGGCACGGACGAGUUCCUUACUUAUAAAGUUCGAUGAGGACCAAGAGUAUCACAAAGUAAAGGGUUCCGGUUUGUGCGUGAGCACCGGGACAGGGUCAACGUCUUGGUAUAAAUCUAUACACAGUCUAAAUCAUCAAACCGUGCGGGAAAUAUUGAGCCUCGUGGAUACCAAACGGCAGUUUACCAAUGACAAAAUUGAUGUGAUCUGUUCGGCGUUCAAUAGCAGCUUACGAUUUGACGCAGAGGAUUGCAAACUGUGUUAUUCCAUAAGAGAUAUGAUAGUUACCAAUGCAAUACCCGUUCCGAAAGACGUGCACACUCGUGGUUUCUGUAGGAAGGCCACUGUGCAAUCGCAAUGCUUCGAUGCAGGUUUAGUUCUCGACGGUGGAAUAGCGGUCCCCUUCAACUUCGGCACCGUCGCGGAAAUAGAGACUUUUCCCGAAGACUCAUUACGUACUAUUACACUUCUUGAUUGAAUUGAACGCUUUCCAACGAAUCAGGACAUUCAAGUAGUAUUUUUGUGAUAAAUAUGAAACUUAAUAAACGUGUAAAAUCAA